AUGUCCAUAUCAACAAUUCGAAGACAGGUGAAAAACGUGGCCUUGAAUUAUACAAAUGCACAGGUUAAAGUGCGAGAGGCUACGAGCAAUGAUCCAUGGGGUCCAACAACAGCAUUAAUGUCAGAAAUUGCUGAUAUGACACACGAUCCAAUUCAAUUUAAUGAAAUAAUGUCAGUUAUUUGGAAGAGGCUGAAUGACCAUGGAAAGAAUUGGAGACAUGUAAAUUUUGAGUGGAGUUUGUGGCAAUCCAGGAGAAUUGGGGUCCCUGCGGAAAAAAAUCUUAAAAAUAAGAAAAAGGAUUUUUCUAGGGUAAAAAAAUAUGUUGAUUACGAAUCUGAACUCGGAUUUUGGAAAAGUCGAAUCCCGAACCCGAAAUUCAGAUAUUUGACAUUUUGGGUAAAAUUCCGAAAAAUAAACAGAGCGUAA